AUGAUAUGGCAAUUAGCUUUGCAGGUGCUUUCGUGUUCCGUGGCAUGGUGUCGCGUCAAUCGAGUUCCGCUGGAGUGGGUUCCAGGAGCCCAGGGCGGCAUCAGCACAGCUCGGCUUCUGCGAGCCGAGUUCAACUUGGCAAGACAGGCCUUCAUGAGCGUCUACAACGGCACAAGCUUCCUUGGAGCGACAGUUGCAAAGCACCAGGCCUCGAUCCGCGUGUCGUGGUCACGGUGGCACCAUGGACUGCGGCGGCAACUUUCGCAAGAAAGGCUCCGGAGGCCGUUGAUUGCUUUGCUGUCGGGCGUGGCUGUUUGGACCUUCUGGCCCGGCAGAGCCACGCAGCUUGCGGUAAGAUGCUUCGACAUCAUGCUUUGGGACUUUGCCGUGGUGUUGACCAGGUGUUUCGACUAG